UCGUGCCACGACGUCGAAUCUUCGUAAACGGCAGAACGCUGUAGUGUCGAUUUCUUGCACUGACGCAUCGAGUUUAAAGGAACAACUUAAGGACGGUCACUGCUACGAAGAGUGCAACAUGGCGACGUAUAGUGCGAGUCGUUUUUAACUCUUAAUUCUUGAUGAAUAAUCAGUGUCUGUUCAAGUACGAAAAAACUUGUAUCUUGUUGUACCGUGCGAGCGAUUGUGGAAGCGUCAACGACGUGAAAGAAACGAUUCAAAUAUGAAUUACAAUCAUUCGAACGCUCGUCGAGGAAAACCGAAGAGAUUGCUGGAUCCAUCGGCUGCUUUAUCAACACCAAAUCCUCCAAUGUCGCAGAAUCUUUAUGUGUACAACCAGCAGGUAUCAGCGAAUAAUGGCACAAUGCCAGGAUAUGGCUUCAAUAUCCCUGGACAGACACCGCCUUCAUAUGGAUUUCAUUCGCAAAUGCCGAAUUAUCCACAAAAUGACAAUCAAGGGGGAGAAUUUGCAAGUUCACAAUUUGCAACACAAUUAUUGGCUCAACCAGUUGUUACAAAUAUGGCAGUAGAAUAUGGAAACGCAUUGGUUGGUUCUGGAAAGCAGCAUCUUGAAAAAUAUGUCCCAAUUACAGCAUUGAAAUAUUACUUUGCUGUAAAUACAGAUUAUGUCUUCGCAAAAUUGAUGUUGCUGUUCUUCCCAUUUACGCAUAAGGAUUGGUCUGUAAAGUAUGAGCAAGAUGUACCAUUGCAACCACGAUAUGAGAAAAAUGCACCAGACAUGUAUAUUCCUACAAUGGCAUUUUUCACAUAUGUUGCUAUGGCUGGGUUAGUUUUAGGCACGCAAGGGCGCUUCACUCAUGAACAACUAGGUAUUCUGGCUAGUUCUGCUCUUGCUUGGGGUUUGAUUGAACUGAUUGUUCAUACUGUGAGUUUGUACGUGAUGAAUCUUCAAACGAGUCUGACAACGUUGGAUUUACUGGCAUAUUGUGGCUACAAAUAUGUCGGCAUCAAUGCAGCUCUGUUGUCGUUACUACUAUUCCAGAAAUUUGGUUACUGUGCAACUCUGCUAUACUUCAGUGUCUCUCUAGCUUUCUUUCUGAUGCGAUCAUUAAAAUUAAGAGUCAUUCCACAAGGCCAUAGUUCAUAUACAGCCUCUGGUAAUAAAAGGCGACUUUAUUUUAUACUGUUCUUAGCUGGGAUACAACCCUUUUUAAUGUGGUGGUUAUCCUAUCAUUUGAUUUAAACAGCUGAUACAAGAAAUGAGAUUUAUGAAACAUACAGUCAAAAGGAAACGUGUAUAUUUAUUAUUUGGUUACUAAUAUCAUCUGUACAUUUUUUGUAAUAAAAUUCAGUACGAAUAUAAUACCAUUUUGACAAUGCA